CCAAAGUCCGAAGAGAUCUUCGUUCGAACCCUACAAUCGUGUUCCGUGACUCAAAGGAAUGUUCAUAAUUGGUUCUACGGCUGCAGGCAUUUCAUCAAAUCAUAACAGCCUCUUCUGCGAAUCCUGGCUAGACUAUUGCUCCGAUUGGAAGCCACGAUGUUUGGGAGGUUCGUCGAGGCUGCCUCAUUGCUUGAUAAGACGAGAUGCAGCACAAAGGAUGAGUGCCCAACGAACCCAACUUUCAAUCUUCGGGAUUGCUUCCCCAUUUCUGUAUCUCUUUCACCGGUGCAAGUUUCAUAAUACGUUUGGAUUGUCACCCUCAACCUUCUUUGGAGCGUAUGAAAGGCAUCUGCAAGUCCGCAGAUACUUCACAGGCAAAUCAAACGAGGCUGCGGUAUCGAGUGCAGAUAUACGGGCUUUCGCGGCUGUUACACGAGGUUACAUUCCCCCGCACAUCAACCGGUCCGUCACGCCCUCCAAGUCAACACCAUGUCCAGCAGUCCCAGCAGUCCCAGCAGCCCCAACUCUCUCUUCUCUAGUUCCUUCCCUGCCUUCGGAGCCUGUCCCUGUUGCCUCCAACCGUCCUCAUCUGCCCCCUCCCACGAAAAACAACAGCCCGAAAAGUGCUACGAGCACCGGAUCUGUCUCUAUCCCGGCGGUUGGAAGGAGCAUCUGCAGCAGAUGGUGCACAAAAGAUGUCCGAUGGUGGGAUGCGCGAAGGCCGGAGCGGAUUUUGGCAGCCAUGAGAGGUUUCUGCAGCAUUGGAGAAAUAAACAUCCCGAGAAAUUGUGGCAUUGGGAGAGGAAGAGUGGGUUCUUUGGGGGGCAGAAGGUGCAGUGGAGGAAGUGGAAUGGGUAUUGAGUGUUUUAUAUUGGGCUACUGUUUCUUGUGCUGAAAUUCUGGUUCUGACUCCAACCGAUCUCUUUAACCUUCCGCUUCUCCUUGAUUUAGAAUUGCCUCUCCCUCUGCUUUCUGGGUUCUCCCCACUCUCCUGAGAGGCAGGGGAACAAUGAAACCGAGAAUGAUAUGUAAAGGAAUUGUGACAUCCUGCAGAUCGGCUUUCAAUGAAGAAUCUCCACGAUGCCUGAAUGUUCCUUUCAGCCGUGUGUUUGCCUGCAUUCUUUCAUUUUUCAUUCUUCUCAAGCCUGUAUAUCACUGUUGAAGC